AUGAGGGAUGCGUCUUUCUCCCAGUGCACGUCAACGCGAAUCCUCCUCCUCUUGAUAAGCCCAGUCUUCAUGGAGAGCUGCGGCGCAAAGAUUCUGGAGAAGACGCUCGAGCAAUGGAUGAGAUAUAAGGAGGAGUGCUUGAAGAAGAUGGCAAAUGAUCCUUAUCCCUCUGGGCUCUUCUGCAACCGGACGUUUGACAUGUAUGCCUGCUGGCCAGACGGUAGCCCGGGUGCCAUCGUCAACGUCUCCUGCCCUUUCUACCUGCCCUGGUAUGAGAAAGUCCAGCAUGGCCAGGUGAGCCGCAGGUGUGGACUUGAUGGGCAUUGGGUGCUGCUGAAUGGGACGGAGCUCUGGAGGGACCAUUCCCAGUGCAGGGAGGAGAUGGAAACCAGCACAGAGGAGGAAGGAGUCCACCAGCUGAUGGUCAGCUUGAAAGUCCUCUACACUGUGGGCUACACCCUGUCGCUGCUGGCCCUGGUCUUCGCUCUGCUCAUCUUUACCGUCUUCAGGAAGCUUCGUUGCACUCGAAACUACAUCCACGCGAACCUCUUUGCCUCCUUCGGGCUUCGGGCCUUGUCCGUGAUCGUGAAGGAUGCGCUAUUGGAGAAGAUGUGGGGGAAGGAGCUCUUCGAGGUGUCCGACUGGGAGGCCCUGCUGAGCCACGAGGCUGCGAUUGGUUGCCGUGUGGCUCAGGUCGUGAUGCAGUAUUGUAUUCUCGCCAAUCACUAUUGGUUCCUGGUGGAGGCUGUCUACCUGUACAAGCUUCUGAUUGGUGCGGUGUUUUCCGAGAAGAAUUACUACACCCGUUACCUCUACCUGGGCUGGGGAACCCCAGUGGCCUUCGUAGUGCCGUGGAUGACUGUGAAAUACCUGAAGGAGAACGCAGAGUGCUGGGGGGUGAACGAGAACAUGGCUUACUGGUGGAUAAUUCGCAUCCCUAUUUUGCUAGCGUCCCUGAUCAACCUAAUGAUCUUCAUGCAGAUCCUCAAGGUGAUCCUAGCCAAGCUGCGAGCCAGUCAGAAAGGUUACGCGGACUACAAGCUGCGGUUAGCCAAAGCCACCCUGACCCUGAUCCCGCUCUUUGGGAUUCACGAGGUGGUCUUCAUCUUUGCCACAGAUGAGCAAACCACAGGAAUCCUACGCUACAUCAAAGUCUUCUUCACGCUCUUCCUCAACUCCUUCCAGGGAUUCCUGGUUGCUGUGCUGUACUGCUUUGCAAAUAAGGAGGUCAAAUUUGAAAUGAAGAAGAAAUGGCAGCUCUGGAAACUCGACCACCCAUCGCUCUGCUGCUCCCAGUGA